GCAGUGGACUCGACGGUAUGGUAGCCUAUUGUUUGACUGGUCGGUUUUAGAGGGAUCGUGGUGGAGCCUACAUCAGCCUUCUCCGCAGGCUACUUGGUAGGCUUAUUAGUUAACUGCUGAACAAAAGCGCGCGAGGUGAUACCGUGGUAUAUGAUGCUAUGAUGAGAUGUGAUGCCGCGCAGGUUCACGGUGACAGUGACUGUAGCGAAUGAAGAGGAACGGGAAUGCGCCCGACGACGGACGGGAAUCGUUGCUAGGAUAAAGAACAUGGGGACGGGGCCGCGCGAUGACUGACUGACUUUCUCCCGGCAACGACCAUCUCUGGACACCGAGGGACUUGAAAAAAGAAAGAUAAAAAACAACCCAUCAGCCUUCCAGUGAAGGCGUGGAGGAUCUAUCCGAGAGGAGAGGAUGAAUCCCGGGGACCCUGCCCAAACCGGACCUGGUGAAGCCGGCCAGGACGGGCUGGCUAAAGCAGGGGGUGCACGUGGGGAGGGGGUGAGAGCGGUGGAUGUGCUGACCGUUCUGAGAGAAAAAGUGGCCUUUGUCUCAGGGGGAAGGGACAAGAGAGGUGGACCCAUCCUCACCUUCCCGGCACGGACCAAUCACGAUCGAGUUAAACAAGAAGACUUAAGCAGACUGGUCACCUAUCUGUCCACUAUACCCAGUGAUGAUGUGCGUGCCAGAGGCUUCACAGUGGUGGUGGACAUGCGCGGCUCAAAGUGGGAGAGUGUCAAACCUUUGCUACGGACACUUCAGGAGGGGUUCUCUACCCACAUUCACACAGCCCUUAUCAUCAAACCAGACACCUUCUGGCAGAAACACAAAACCAACCUGGGCAGUGCCAAGCUCAGCUUUGAGACAAGUUUAGUGUCAGUGGAGGGCCUCUCCAAGCUGGUCGACCCGUCACAGCUUACUGCUGACCUGGGCGGCUCUCUGGAGUAUGACCAUGUUGAAUGGACCGAGCUACGGCUGGGCCUGGAGGAGUUCUCAGAGGCCGCAGGACAGCUGCUGGCCCAGCUAGAGCAGAUGGAGGCAGGGCUGGCCCGCAUAGGCGAGCCCCAGGGUGUGGAUGAGGCCCGCAAGCUACUGGAGGAGCACGGCCGACUACGCACCACCGUUGCCACGGCUCCCAUUGACGCCAUUGAUCACGAAGGGCGGAGCUUGCUCCAGCGCAUGCGGCUUGGCCCCACCCACAGCGGUGAAGCCCCCAGCGAUGGACCGGGCAGCAACCACGGCUAUGGGAGCUGGUUGUCAGGCGGGGCUGACUUCCAAAGCGUCGCUCCGAAGGUCGCCGCCCUGCUGGAGAGACUGCAGACUGCCAGGACACACCUGCAGCAGAGCUGGGCUGAACGGAAGACACACCUAGACCAGACCUUACAGCUGCACCUAUACGAGCAGGAUGCCGCUAAGAUGUCUGAGUGGAUAGCCCACAGUAAGGAACUGUUUCUGCAGAGCCAGACAGAGGUUGGCCUUAACCACCAGCAUGCCCUGGACCUCCAGACCCAACACCAGCACUUCACCAUGAACUCUAUGAAUGGGAGCGUAAAUGUGGACGGCGUGGUGUCCGUGGCAACACGGCUGUGUGAAGCUGGCCACUACGGGGCGGAGCGGAUUGCGAGUGUGUCGUCGCGGCUACAGGAGGACUGGAAGGGGCUGACAUCGGUGCUGGAGGAACGCAGCAAGGCACUGAGCCUGUCCACCUGCUUCCACCAGGGAGCAGAGCAGUUCCUGGGCCGCGUGGACAGCUGGUGUGAGGCGUGUGGUGACAACUCAUUGCCAGCAGAGAUGACGGAGUUGGAGACCGCAAUACAACAACACCAGGCACUCUUUGAAGAGAUAACAUCAGCUUACACACAGGUCAGUGAAAGCGGCAAAGCCCUUUUGGAAGUUCUUCAGGGUCCGGCGGAGCUUGAUGAGUCAGGGUUACCAGUGGCAACCGCUGACUUUACAGCCGCAACGCAUGGCAUUAUGGGAGUUCUGCACGAGGUCAUGCAGGGACACCAGCAUGUCGAUGGGGCGUGGCAACACCGCAAGCUCCGCCUACACCAGCGUCUGCAGCUGUGUGUUUUCCAGCAGGACGUACGGCAGGUGCUGGACUGGGUUGAGCAGCAUGGCGAGGUCUUUCUCAAUAAACACACGGGUGUGGGGAAGAGCCUCCACCGGGCCCGAGCGCUGCAGAAACGGCAUGACGAUUUUCAACAGGUUGCCCAGAACACCUACACCAAUGCAGAGAAGCUGCUGGAGGCGGCCGGUCAGCUGGCCCAGUCGGGGGAGUGUGAGGAGGGCGAGAUCUACGCCGCGGCUGGGGACCUGGAGCUCCGCAUGCAGGCCUUCAUCCAGAAAGUAGAGCAGCGAAAGCUACUGCUGGACCUCGCCGUCUCCUUCUACACACACACCCGAGAGCUGUCAGCAUGGAUGGAGGGUCUGCAGAGACAGAUGGCAGCCGAGGUGUGUGUGUGUCCAGAGUCAGUGGAGGCUCUGCAGGCCCUUAUCAGCCAGCAGCAGCAACAACAGGCCAACACACAGGACGCCUCGCUGUCCGUCAUCAGGGAGGGAGAGGACCUCAUACUGCAGCUUAGGCCCCAGGGCAGUUCAGUGGGCCAUGUCGAGUCGGUGCUGCAGUCGUUGGAAGAGGCCCAAGCCCAGCUGGAGGAGUUGUUCCACCAGAGGAAGAUCAGGCUGGAUGUCUACCUUCAGCUGCGGAUACUACAGCAGUGUACUCUGGAGGUGUCAGGUGAGAUGGAGGCAUGGAAGCAAGACCUCCAGAAGCAGGCCCAGGACUUUACCACAGAGAAGCUAACACUGGCACAACAGAGGCUAGCGGAAGCCAACCAAGAGAAGCUAACUUUAGCGCAACCGCGGCUAGUGGACGCUAACCCAGAAGGCUUAACGUUGGCACAGCAGCGCAUUCACAGGCACAUGGAGCGGCGGCUGGCCAUGAACAACAUGACCUACGAGGUUGUCCAGCAGGGUCACGACCUCCAGCAGUACAUCACCGAAGUACAAGCCUCAGGUAUUGAGCUGACUGCCGAAGGGGAGACUGAUCUCUCAUCCCAGGUAGAGUCGCUCCAGCAGCUCCUGCAGGACAAACAGAAGGAGCUGCAUCUGAUAGCAGACCACACACACACACACCUUGAGCAAGGCUUGCAGCUACGCCACCUUCAGACUCAAGUCAAACAGGUGCUGGGCUGGAUAAGUGAGGGAGAGGUGAUGUUGUCUUCUUGUAUGGUGAACACCAGCUCACUGUCUGAAGCUGAACAGCUACAGAGAGAACAUGAGCGCCUUCAGCAGGCAAUAGAGUCUCUGCUCCAUGCCGACUCUCUUCAGAGGACCCACCAGGUGGCGCUGGCUCUGCAGCAGCGGGCCGAGCUAUUGGUGAGGGCGGGCCACUACGACCCGGAGGCAGUGAGGGCGUGUGCCCAGACGGUGGCGCUGCACUGGCAAACCUUGAUGCUACGGAUGGAGGACCGGCUCAAACUGGUCAACGCCUCUGCAGCCUUCUACCGCACCUCACAGCAGGUGUGUGGCGUGUUGGAGAGCCUUGAGCAGGAGUAUCGCCGGGAUGAGGACUGGUGUGGAGGGGGAGAGUGGCAGGGGAGCAGGGGCCAGCCGGAGCACCUCAUCCCCAUCAUCAACAAACACAUGGAACAGAAGGAAGCCUUCCUCAAGGCCUGCACCCUGGCCAGACGCAACGCUGAGGUGUUCCUCAAAUACAUCCACCGCAACAGCGUUACUAUGGCAACCAUCUCUGGGCACAGUGCGGGAGCCGAGCUCACAGGUCAUUCCCGUGUGCCUGAGCAGCAGGUCAAAGGUAUCCUCAGUGAGCUCCUGCAGAGGGAGAACAGGGUUCUCCAUUUUUGGACUCUGAAGAAACGUCGCCUGGACCAGUGUCAACAGUACCUGCUGUUCCAAAGCCACGCUCAGCAGGCACUGGAUUGGCUGCAGCAGAGUGGCGAACAUUACCUGUCCACUCACACGUCGCCAGGGGCAACCAGCACUGAGACCCAGGACCUGCUGGCUCAACAUAGGGAAUUCUGUGUCUCUGCUAAGCACACUCAGGAAAAGGUGCACCUGCUGAUCCAGCUGGCAGAGAGCAUGCUGGGUAAGGGCCACUCCCACAGGGUUGAGCUGCGGAGGUGUGUAUCGACGGUGGACAAGCGCUACCGGGAGUUCUCCCUGCGCAUGGGCCAGUACCGCAACAUACUGGAGACCGCACUAGGAGGCUGCACUCAGGACAAUAAGGACCUGGAGCUGGAGCUCAUCCCCAACAGCCUCUCUGACUCCGACCCGGAGGUAAACCUGAAUGACCCCAACCAUGAGGUCAGCGACGAGAAGAGAAGGACAGCCAGGAAGAAAGAGUAUAUCAUGUCGGAGCUUCUGCAGACAGAGAGAGUGUACGUGAAGGACCUUCAGGAGUGUAUCGAGACGUACCUGUGGGAGAUGACAAGUGGCUCAGAAGAGAUUCCAAGCAGAAUCGCCAACAAAGAUGACAUCGUCUUUGGGAACAUCCAGGACAUUUAUGAGUUCCAUAACAGUAUUUUCCUAAAGGAACUGGAAAACUAUGAGCAGCUGCCAGAGGAUGUGGGGCACUGCUUCGUCACCUGGGCUGAUAAGUUCCACAUGUAUGUGACGUAUUGCAGAAAUAAGCCAGACUCCAGCCUUCUGAUCCAGCAACAUGGAGCAGGCUUCUUUGAGGAGGUUCAGAGGAGACAUAGUCUUGCUAACUCCAUCUCGUCAGCGCUCAUCAAGCCGGUCCAACGCAUCACCAAGUACCAGCUCCUCCUCAAGGAGUUGCUGACAUGUUGUGAAGAGGGGAAAGGUGAGAUCAAAGAAGGGCUGGACGUGAUGCUGAGUGUUCCGAAGCGAGCCAACGAUGCAAUGCAUGUUAGCAUGCUAGAAGGUCUGGAGGAGGGCUUGGAGGUGCAGGGGGAGCUGCUCCUGCAGGAUACCUUCCAGGUGUGGGAUCCCAAAUCGCUGAUCAGGAAAGGACGGGAACGCCACCUCUUCCUGUUUGAGCUCUCUUUGGUCUUCAGCAAGGAGAUAAAGGACUCAUCCGGACGCACCAAGUACAUCUACAAGAGCAGGCUGAGGACGUCUGAACUGGGGGUAACAGAACACAUCGAGGGGGACCCCUGUAAAUGGGCUCUGUGGGUUGGCCGUACGCCCACCUCGGACAACAAGACUGUCCUCAAGGCGUCGUCUCUGGAGCUGAAGCAGGAAUGGGUGCGUAGCGUGCGUCAGGUGAUCCAGGAGAGGCGUGGCCACCUGAGGGGUGCUCUGAGGGAGCCCAUCCCCCUGCCCAAGACCCCCGCCCCCACCCUGGCCCGCCAGCGUAGCAUUAGCAGGAGAGACACCAACGAGGAUGCGGACAGCCUGGGAGACGCCAGCAGUCAGCCGGACACUGUCUCCAUCGCCUCGCGUACCUCUCAGAACACAGCGGACAGUGACAAGCUUUCCGGGGGCUGCGAGCUGAUCGUGGUCCUGUUGGACUUCUCAGCGGGCGGGGCCGGAGAGCUGAGCGUUCGCUGCGGUCAGACUGUGGAGCUGGUGGAGCGGUCCAGCGAACGACCGGGCUGGUGCUUGGUCCGGACCACUGAUCAGACACCUCCACAGGAAGGCCUGUUACCCAUGAGCACCCUCUGCCUGUCGCACUCCCACAGUGCGGAUAUGGACAGCUUAAUGCCUGCCGCUGCCAACCCCGCCCCCGUCGGAAAGGAGCCCUACCCUGUGGGGUCAGAGGUAAGAUCAGAGUCCUUGCCGUCUCUCCAGUCCCAGUCGUCCCUGGGCUCCGGUCCGGGCGGUGUUCCCCCCGGCGGGGGGUCUGUCGGUUCUCCCGGUGGGAACGUGGGUUCCCCGGGGCCCAAGCGGAGUGGUUCUGGAACCGGGAACACGUUGAAGCGCUGGCUGACCAGCCCGGUGAGGAGGUUGAGCCAGGGCAAAGCAGACAGCCAGGGAAAGAAACCUCCACUCCGCACCAGGAGACGAGACGCCCGAUCGGAGCUAGCCACGCCGCUCACUGCGAACACACACAUGAAGGGAAAGAGUCGGGAAGACUCUGUCCAGAGUGGAGGAGAGGAGGAGCCAGAGGAAGAGCCCCACACUCCCCUCCCACCACCAAUGGAGAUCAUUAAAGAUGGCAACAACCCUGAGGAUUCAGACCAGGGCUCCAACGAGUCUGACACGGAGCAGAAGAACAAAGCCAUGAGAGGCCGAAUGUUUGUGGUAAAUGAGAUGGUGCAGAGUGAGAAGGACUACGUCAAAGACCUGGGCGUUAUCGUGGAGGGUUUCAUGUCGAGGCUGGAGGUGAAAGGCAUUCCUGAGGACAUGAGGGGAAAGGAUAAGAUCGUGUUCGGAAACAUCCAUCAGAUUUACGACUGGCACCAGGAGUUCUUCUUGGUGGAGUUGGAGAAAUGUGUGCAGGAUCACGAUCGACUGGCGGAGCUCUUCAUUAAACAUGAAAGGAGGCUCCACAUGUAUGUGGUGUACUGUCAGAACAAGCCCAGGUCUGAGUUCGUCGUGUUGGAGUAUGAGACCUUCUUUGAGGAGGUACAGCGAGAGAUCAGCUGUAGGAUGUCCAUCAGUGACUUUCUCAUCAAACCCAUCCAGAGGAUCACCAAGUAUCAGCUACUGCUUAAGGAUUUUCUAAAGUACACGUCUAAAGCAGGGUUGGACUGUGAGGAGAUAGAGAGAGCAGUGGAACUGAUGUCUCUGGUCCCCAAACGCUGUAAUGACAUGAUGAACCUCGGACGCCUGCAGGGUUACGAGGGGAAGCUGACGAGCCAGGGCAAGCUGCUGCAGCAGGAGACCUUCUGUGUGUGGGAGCAGGACGGAGGAGUUCUAUCACGGAGUAAAGAGAGGCGUGUCUUCCUCUUCGAGCAAAUCAUCAUCUUCAGUGAGCUGCUUCGCAAAGGGUCAUCCACGCCAGGCUACCAGUACAAGAAAAGCAUCAAGGUGAGCUACCUGGCCAUGCAGGAGAAUGUGGAAGGGGACCCCUGUAAAUUGGUCCUGUCAUCUCGAGGGUCGGCCGAGCGUUUCACCCUGCAGGCCGCCAGCCCCUCUAUCAAACAGGUGUGGGUCGCACACAUCGCCGAGCUGUUGGAGACUCAGAGUAACUUCCUGUCUGCUCUCCAGUCUCCUAUAGAGUACCAGAGAAAGGAGGGCGGGGGGUCUAACCCCCUUACCCGCCCCCCCUCCGGUUUUGGUCCCAAAGCGUCAAGCCGACCCCCCUCCGUGCCGCCCACCCCGAACGGACACAACACACACACGCCGGCCGACGGUGAGGCCCAGGACGACGAGGAGCUGGUGCUGGUGACCCAGGACUUCAGUGCGGUGCGGGAGGAUGAGAUCACAGUUGUUCGCGGUGAACGGGUCCAGAUUUUGGCUUCCAACCAGCAUGGCCAGUGUCUUGUUUACCGACCUGCUAACACAGAGUCCCCACCUGCGGAGGGCUGGGUACCUCGCAGUGUCCUUCACAACCACUAACCACCAGACGGUGCCAGUCAGGCCCGGUUUAGAACCAGUUCUAACUAGUUACAAACAAACAGAAUGAGUUCUACAUAUUCAAUAACAGCCAGUUCCACUGACGCCAGUGAGACCCAGCCGUACCUACUAACGCCUGUCCACUACUAACAACUGGUUACAGACUGGCUGUGUUUCGAAAUGUUUACUUGUGUUCUGUCUAGAGUGUAUAGCAUGUACAGAAGUCAACUGUCCCUGAUCCAGAACGAUUCCACACCAAAAACAUGAAAUGCCAAGUACACACUAAGUUUGCUGGAAGUUCUGUAGCGUACUUGGGAGGUUUGGGAAAUAAAGUACGCAUCGGACUAUACUUUUUCAGGUACUUCGUUCCCAGUAUUCAUUAUGCCGGUUGGUCACCAUUCAAAAUGGCCAAACACACAACGCAGUAACCAGUAUAAACUAAACAUUAUUAUAUUGUUGACAUUGGUUACAUCUUCCUGUCAUUUCAUUUACCAAAGUAGCUGGCUAGCAUGACAACGAACAAAGUGCCUGAAGCUAGCCGUCUGUCAUUAAUGACGCCGGCUGCACCCAGCUGCGCUGAUGAUGCGUUUCCUGUCCACAGAAACACAAGUACGUUUCAAAUGUAACAGAUUUUAAGGUCUCUGGGUGCUUCAGUACUAGACAAUAUGAGUUCUCUGGUGCUCUUGGAAGUUCACUCACGAAAGAACGGGAGAACGCAAGUAUGCAUUUUGAAGCCCAGCCGCUGUUUAAACUUGCUCCAUCAGUUACUAACCCUCAGCUGCUUCAUUUGAAAUCAGUCACAUAUGCAGGACACAUCAACAACCAGCGGCAAUGAUCAACAACUAUUAAACAUCUGAACUGAU